AUGGUCUGCGGUAGCGCCAGUGGAGUCUUGUUGCCGCCCAUGGUGGUAUAUAAAGCCAAUAAUAUUUAUGAAAACUGGUGUAAAGGCGGCCUGCCAGGAACAGUUUACAAAAAUAGUCUAAGUGACUGGUUUGACGCCAACUUAUUCGAGAUAUGGUUUAAGGAAAUUUUCCUCCCACAUGUCCUAAGAACAAGAGAACCUGGAAAAAGAGUGAUCCUCGUAGGAGACAACUUGGCCAGCCAUUUUGCUCCAAGUGUCGUACAGGCAGCGCAAGAACAUGAUAUAUAUAUGAGCCCGUUUCCUCCCAAUUCCACACAUCUAAUGCAACUAUUAGAUGUGGCGGUAUUCGGACCAAUGGAGAAGAGAUGGCGUGAUAUUUUCGAAAGCUGGCGAAGAGAAAGUCGAUAUCCUGGGUCAAUUCCAAAAGAACAAUUUACCAUUUUACUGAACAGAUUUUGGGUGGCCAUUAGUGACACAGUGUCGCAAAAUUUAAUAUCAAGAUUUCGCACCACCGGCUUAUAUCCAUGUAAUGCGCAAGAGGUUCUACGAAAACUUCCCGAUACUGCUGUUCACGAAAAAGAAAUUGGGAGAACAUUAGACGAAAGUUUAGUUGAGUUAUUAAAAGAACAUAGGGGAGUUCAAAAUCCCGAGAAGAAAAAAAAUAGAACCAGGGCAAAAUGUUUCGUCCAUCACCUCCUCAGAAGUAGGCGAGAGCGCCAUGAAUAUUGUCGAUGA